UAAUUAGUGAGGACACAAUAACAAAAGAGAGAAAAUGUUGACGAGAAAAUAUUUUGAAUCCACAAAACGAUAAUUUUAUGUAAAUUAUUUCUGAUCGAACGAAUUUAUUUUGUUGUGAUACAAUUGAAAAAAUAUUUUUUUAAAGGAAACAAAAUAUCUCGUGUAUUGACAAGACUGUAAUUUUACAUAAAUUAUGACAACAAUAUUUUUAAUGCAAAAUACCAAUAGAUAAAAGUGAGCAACAAAUUCACUUUGACAGAAACACAAUUGGAAAAAACACGCAAGAAAAUAUUGAAAAGAAAAUGUUCUGUAUCGAUAAGACUCCGUAACCUUGACGAGUACUCAUAUCACUCCUCAACUAUCGAUCAUUACAUAUAACCGCAGUAUAGUAGUUCCACCGGCGCCCGGAAAUACAGUAUACGUAGCAAAAACGAAUUUCUGAUUUUGACGUGUCGUUCGUGAACAUUUUUUAUCGAUUAAAAAUCUUCAAACUAAAAUUAAAAAAAUUUCUGAAGUUCAGACGAACAGGUGGAACCCAAAAGUUAAUCCAUAUUAAUCCGUGUUUGAGUUUCAGCCAAAUUAUCGUUCUAGUGAGGCGUUUCUCAGCGUCGGAAAGAUGUAUCGAGAGAAAACUUAAUGGUAAUUUUGAUUACGCGGGAAUUAAAAAAAAAUCGUAAUUAUGAUACGUAAAAAUAAAAAAUGUGGAUUGAACUAUUUAAUUGGAGUGACAAUUACAUAAAAAUAUUGUUGACGUUGGUUGACGUGGUAUAUUAGACGAUAAAUUAGAUUUUGAUCUUCAAAGUUUAUUGUUAGGUGUAACUAUAAUUUUAUAGCGAUGUGGUAAUUUUUCUUUUAUCAAAAUUCCGAAGUCGACUGUUUGAGGAUCCAUUCAUCUGUCACAAGAAUAAAAAAUCUAGAGAAUGAAAAGAACACACAAAAAAAUAAAGACGGGAGGAAUAAUGUUAGAUCCAUAUUCUCAUUACAUAUGUACAUUAUCAAACAGCAGUACAUGAAUUUCAAUAUUGGAAAAGUAGGAUACCACCGAAGCACGCACCCACCGCCGUUCAUAAUCGACAAUGUAAAAUGAAUUCAGCCCUCACCGGACCCACACUAAAUGUUCAAAAUCACUGAAAAUAAUGUGACGACAGCAGGCGAAACAAAAAACCCAAAAAGAGUCCUAAAAUAAUGUGAAUAUGUGUGAUUCCCUGAAUCAAGAAGAUGAAGAUCAAUCAGAUGAUCAAGGUGAAUUGCCUAAAUCGGUGUUGAUUGAAAUCCAAUAUUCUCAUUGAACCUAGAAUGGAGCGUGACGAGGCGCUUGAACGAGUAAGAAAUAAUGGGUCGGUGGUUGGUCUGUUGAAUUUCAUAAAUACAACACAACAAAAUCGCUCAAUAGCUAAUCACGAUGGCCAAAAUCUUGAAACAGUACUCCUCUGGAUCACCAAAGCCAUCAUCAUGAGCUUCAUCAUACUGGCAGCUCUGUUUGGCAAUCUGCUGGUGAUAGUCUCAGUGAUGAGACACAGAAAGCUGCGAGUUAUAACUAAUUAUUUUGUUGUAUCUCUGGCACUCGCUGAUAUGCUUGUUGCAAUAUUUGCCAUGACUUUUAAUGCAAGUGUUGAAUUGUCUGGACGAUGGCUGUUCGGUUACUUCAUGUGCGAUGUGUGGAAUUCAUUGGAUGUAUUCUUCAGUACAGUGUCGAUACUCCAUUUGUGCUGCAUCAGUGUUGAUCGUUAUUACGCUAUUGUACAGCCUCUUGAUUAUCCAUUGAUAAUGACUAAUCUGAGGUUAACGACAAUGCUGGGAGUUGUCUGGUGUUCACCAACAAUAAUCAGCUUUUUACCAAUAUUCGCUGGAUGGUAUGCAACAUCUGAUCAUCUUGCUAAACGCGAACAACAUCCUGAAGACUGUGAAUUUCGUGUUAAUAAACCGUAUGCUGUGGUUAGUUCGAGUGUUAGUUUUUGGGGUCCAGGUAUCAUCAUGUUGAUAAUGUAUUACAAAAUCUACAGGGAAGCGGAUAGACAGGAGAGACUACUCUAUCGAUUUCGAGAUAAUCAUCCAAAACCAAGGCUGGAGAUAAGAAGCAAGGUAGCGGCAGCCCUGCUCAACAAGCAUCUCCAAAUAAACGGCAUAUCAGCGGGCCUAGCGGGACUCCCACCACCGGAGCAAUCCCCCCCGGAGCCCCAGCAGGAGGAGCCGCAGAUCGCCAGCAGCAGCAAAAUGAAACGAGAGAGAAAAGCCGCCAGGACUCUCGGGAUCAUCAUGUCAGCAUUUUUGACAUGCUGGCUACCAUUCUUCCUCUGGUACAUCAUAACAUCUCUUUGCGACACCUGCGAGACAAGUCCGAGUGUCGUUGGCGCUGUUUUUUGGGUCGGCUACUUCAACAGCGCACUCAAUCCUCUGAUAUACGCUUAUUUCAAUCGCGAAUUCCGCGCUGCAUUCAGCAAGACCCUGGAGACCUGCUGUGCCGCACUGGUGCCAGUUCGCGACAUGAGGCAGGUCCACAGGAAGCAGGAUCUUGUCCACAGCAACGCAUCAUCGGAAUUGCACGUGAACAAUCAGUUGCGAUCAAGUGAGGUGAACAACGUACACAUUGAGGCUUGCAUUUAAACAUUUCCCAGUGAUAAUACUGCACCUCUCCCUCUGAAAAUAUCCCCCACACGGAGAGAAAAUUUCCAGAAAAAUUUCGAGUACUUUAAGGGGGUUCGACACCCUUUUAGUGAACACGUGAAUUUUGCGGAAAGGGUGGGGAACAUCCUUGAGAAGUCACAAGUGAAAAACGAAGGGGUAACGAGAUGUCACUUUUGACUGAGUACCAAUUUUUGAUGAAUAUCUCGAAAUCUAGAGGAGGAAGAAAAAUUUUCAUAAGGACCUUUUUUGUGGAGCGAAUCGAGUGCUACAAGAAGUGUUAAUACAAAAUUUAUCGAUCUCUCGUAGAUUUCGAGAUAUUGCUCAAAACAUUGCGCCGGAAAUCAGUCAACUCAUCUCGUGUUACUACUUCGCAUGCGAAAAUGUCGAGGACGCACUGAGAAAAAAAUUAUUGUGUCGAUCAUGUUUGUUUGGGGUAAUUAAAUACUCUCAAUUACCAUUCGUAAAUUAACUCCGAAUUUUUGUCAGAUAAAUAUUUCAAUAACGAAAUCGUAAAAUGGAAUGAGUCAUUUUUCACUACUGAAUUCAUUGGCUGUGAAAAAAUUCUGUGCUGUUCCGGAAUUUCUGGGAGAAUUUCCGUAAAAUUUUCCGGCUUUCCCCGGUGAAAAUUCCCGUUCAAGCACCGGAAUUUAUCCAGUGGUUUUUUUUUUCUCAUGCGUCGGCACGGGAAUUUUCCGGAAAAAUUUCCCUCCGCGGGCGCAGAAAAAGAUCUGAUAAACCGUUUCCUUCAAUUUUGACAAUUCAAUAUUUUUACAAUUCUAAAAAAUACUCAAUAUUUAUAACUCAUCGAUCAAAUAAAUUAUUUAUUCACGUUGAAGAUUCCAAAUUGUCGGCAUUGAAGGAAAAACGAUUAUUCAAACUCGAGGAAAAAUUCUUAUGAAUAAAUAAAACCUGAAUGAAAAUUUGUGCCAAUUCAUUGUUUUCAUUUCAAUUUUGUGUUAAUACCGGCGUGAGAGCUAGAAUUUUUAUCCAAUUAUAUUUUACUACAGCGUGUGCGAGGUUGACAUGUUUAAAAAAACUACUCAAUAGUCCUAGAUAUUAUUAUUAUUUUUUUUUUCUCUCGAAUCUGUAAAUACCUGAGAAGCACUGAAGUCUGAUUGGUGCGGCUUGGGUUGAAGGGGGUGGAGAAGGGACAGAGAGAUGUGUAUUUUCAACUUAGCUAAUUAAUCAUGACGAGAAUAUCCCCGAUGAGAGCCGAGCACCCACGAAAAUGCGCUGCUGAGCCUUGGAACCAGAGUUCGUCAAACGUUUAAAAUUAGAAAAAUCAAUACCACAUCUAUAACCAUCGCAAGUGUCAGUGUAUCUACUCCAUCUUUUUUUAACAAUAAAAAAAAAAUUUUAUUUAUGAUAAUCGAUUUAAUUGAAGUGAAAAAUUAUGCUUGGGGGUGCUAAUUGCCCGAGGGGGAAAGCGCUGACGUCCUCGGAGGUGGAGGGGAGGAGAAAUCGUGGCCGUGAGAGACGAUGGCAUUGCAAUACGCGUCUCAUAAGGUGAGCAGCUAGAGAUGCAAAGUGACCGAUAUUUUUGGUUCGAAAAAUUGCGAUCAUGUAACGCAUCAAUUUUUCAACCGCUAAUUACGGUCACAAUUUAUUUUCUCUUGAAUUCGAGAGCGAAGGGGUGAGAGGAGAUGAGUUUACUCAUCUCUGAGCCGAGUUUUUGAGAAAUAUCUCUGGAUGGGAGGGAGAUGGAGAAAUUUUUGUUAUUAUGUUUGUUGUAGUAGUCAAUUUGUUGCAUAGAAAAGGUUCUGAUAAAUAAUUUUCUAUCUCCCUCAGAUUCCGAGAUAUUUGAGAAAAUGGUUGAACAUUCGAAAGUGGAUCGGUUCACCCCUUCGUUACUGAAUUUUUGACCUGGAAAAUUUAAUUUUUUUUAGUCGCUUCGAUAGUUAUAUUAAUUACGUUGAUUAGAAAUAUAGUUUUUAAGCGGAUUUUUUUUAUUCUAAAUAUUUCUUAGCGAAAACCUUGUUUUGAUUUUUUCCCGAUUUUUCAAGAUUCUAACGUCACGCGGAGGGGAUUUAAUUAUUUAAAUUAUUGAGCAAGAAAAUUAUCGCUGAUUUCGUGACAUUAGCAGAUAAAACUAUAGUCUUAGCUAUGGAUGUGAACAAUGGCAGUGAUUUUUAAAAAAUGUAAAUGAAUUUUCUAGGAAAGAAAUUCAACGAUAAAUUUUUUUUAAUGGAGUUGCGUUUGUAUAAGUGAAAAAUGACUGUCAGAUUUAUUUCGCAAAUUGUGACGGUCUGAAAACCGGAGGAGAGGAACUGACAGCCGUCAUAAACGCCUCGUCAUGUGACGUUUGCAUCUCUAGUUUGAGCAGUACACUAUUGAAAAAAUUGAUUGAAUUUUCCGGAAAAAACUGAAGUCGAUUUAAAGGAAAAAGGGAUUUCAAGUUUCUCUGAAAAUUCAAGUGAAGCUCCAUUUUCGAAGUUCCAGGAGUCUCUGGAAAAAUUCCCCAAAAAAUUCGGAGAAAUCUGGAAUUUAAAUUUUUCAAAAUUACUCUCAUUUUUUUAUUAUUUUCGAGGCCACAUUCGUUUGAAUUUUGAAUCUGACAUGAAAAGUCAGUAUCAGAAUAAAUUGAAUUUUCAGUGAAAUCUGGGAAAUUUCUCACUCAACUUUCUGAAUUUUCAAUGGCAAGAUGUCCUGAAAUAUCAAGUUGCGAACCGUUAAAAAUAUCCGCAAUCUUCCCCGGAGAAUUCUGCCAAAAAUUAAAACGCUGUAUCCGGCAAAAAUUCCCAAAACUAAAUAAAUAAACUAAACUAAUAAACACAAGGAGACAAGGUAGGAUAAAAUCCUGCAGCUGCGAAUAGUGUUCAAGUGCAUUUACUCAGACUCGUUCUCUCGUUUUCGGGUGUAACUGAAAACAAAUUGUCAGGAGGAAAAAAAAUAACACAAUUUUGAAUAAAUAAAUACUUCUCUGAAGUAAAUGGAUAUUUGGCAAAAAUAGUUUUUUUCUCAGUGCAAUAAUCCAGCAAACAGGGUGCAUUGGAAUUACGUUAAUCAAUUAUCUCGCAAACCAACCAAAGAGAGAGGGAGAGAGGGGGAGAAUCCACGUGUAGAGCGAUAAAUUGAAAAAAGAAAAAUGACCAAGCUUCUCAGCACAGUUUUUUUAAAACUACGUUUGCACAAUGGAGAAGAUAUUAAAACCGCUAAUUUAACGGGUUAAUGUUUUUUUUUGUUAGUAGAUUUGGUAUUUUGUACAUAAUAAAUAUUUACAAAUCAUUAUACUGGAGAUGUUAAUUAGGUAUUAAGAAUUUAUUGUAAAUAAUCAAAUAUAAAUUGGAAAUAUCGUUAUAGAGGCAAUUGAAAUAGAUAAAUAUAAUUGAUGAAACGAUAAUUGAACAUUAAUUUUAUCCUCGUGAUGAAUUUAUUGAAUCGAACUGCGAGAUGCUUCGUCAACAUUUUUUAUAUACAAAAAUUGUGUUUAUUCUUCGCGGCGAUGUGAACCACGAACGAUAAUGUACAUUGAUAGUUGAGUGAGAAAAUGGAGUAUGCGCACAUUAUUCACAUAGCUGCAUUGGAAAUAAAUAUAUUUAAAAUACCAAAAAUGAAGAACAAUCAUUAACGAUAAGAUCAAACGUAAUCGAUGGAGAAUGUGGUUCCAAAUAUUUAUGGCUACGAGGAAAUAUAUGUGAGCCACUUGAAUAAAACAGAUUGGGAGGAUUCAUUGUCAAUUGGCCAAUAAAAUUUUUUGAUUUCUCCAGAAAAUCAAUUUUUUAAUGCUCUCUGGUGUGGAAAAUAGUUUGCGCAUUUUCUUAGAAAGUUCUGAUCGACUUUGGACGUAAUUAAUGGGUUAAUUAUUGAAUUUCAGAGACAUCUUUGUUUGGACUUGAGAUAAAAAUUUGAGUUUUUUCCCAUUUUCACAGUUUUAUUUCUCUUUAAAAAAUAUAAAAAAUAGUUUAGGUGCAGAUUCAAUAUACUCAUAAUUAAAAAUAAAGUGCUUUGUAUUUUUCUUUGUUUGUAAUGUUAAUUAACACUUUUUAGAGUGUUUUCUGACGUGAAAAAUAAUUUAUGAUUUUUUUUCAGAAGCUUCUGAUUGACCCUGAGGCAUAACGUCAUUUUCACAGUUUUAUUACCCGUAAAAAAUAUAAGUAGUUUAAGUACAGAUAAAAAAUGCUCAUGAUUAAAAAUAAAAUACUUCAUAAUUGUUCCGUUCAUUUUGGUUUUAAAUAAAAAAAAAACGUCAGUGAAGGUGAUAAUAAAAUACAUAAUUUUUAUUCAAAUUGUUUAUCUCUCUGAGCUCAAUUCAAAGCGAUAGAAAAUUCUGAAAAAAAUAUUAAUUAUUUUCCUCACGUCAGACAAUUCCCCCAAAUUUCCCCCCAAUUUUCGGAGACAUCGAGCGAUUCAAACUGCCCACUUGACGAGGAAUCCCUCAUAGGUAUCUAGGAACUAAGUGACUAGUGACCUAAUGUAUGUACCUAAGCAAUAUUCAACUCGUGGAACUUUGGUGUCUUAAAGUAUACUACGAGAAAUAAAUGAUGAAAGAGUGAAGUGAAAAAAUUAUUCAACAAUAGGAACACAAUCUGUACUUCGCAGACAGUAGAAAUUUUUAUUUUAUAUAAUUCAUCGUUGAUGAAUAAUAUCGGGGAUGAAUUAUGUUUUAUUGUCAGUAAGUCUGGAGAUGCAAAUGUUCGAUAAAAAAAAUAAUAUUGAUAAGAAAAAAAAAAUGAUGAGGACGUUAUAUUUGCAUCUGUGAAUGUGUGAGGUGUGCAGUGAUAAUACGUGUCAAGAGUGUAAUAAUAAUGCCAUAUAUUGAAUGACUGUGAUGAAUCUUUAGUGUCACCUAGAGUGAUAUUGAGAAAGUUGAUAUGAAACAUUGAUUUGAUGCCGCUGGUAUGUGAUCGAGGCACAUUAAUAAAAAAAUAUUUUAAGAAGAAAA